GGCGCUGCGGCCAUGGCGGAGAAACAGGAGAAGGCCGAGGAUGGCCUAGUAGCUGAAAUUGAGAAAAAGAUUACAGAAGCUUUUGAAGUGUUUGACCGUGAAUCCAAUAAAACUGUGGAUGUCAGGGAGAUUGGUUGCAUUGUCAGGUCACUGGGUUGCUUCCCAAAUGAGGCCGAAGUACAGGAACUGCUUGCACAGAUAGAAGUAGAAGAACCGAGUGGAUUCGUUCAUCUAGAAAAGUUUCUUCCAGUGAUGACAAAAGUUCUACUUGACAGAAGAUUCCGACCUAUUCCAGAAGAUGUUAUUCUACAUGCAUUUGAGGCUUUGGAUGAGAAUAAAUGUGGAUAUAUCACCAAAGAGGACCUGGUCAAACAUUUGACUGAAGAAGGUGAGCCCUUUACUCAGGAGGAAAUGGAGGACAUGCUUGCCGUUGCUCUAGAUCCAGAAACAAAUACUCUUCACUACAGAGACUACCGUAUAAAGCUGGUAGUAGAUGAAACUAAGACCUUCCCCUUUAAUGUCUGAGAUGCCUUUUGGUAAUAGCACCGUGGCUACACAGAUAGUUGAAAUAUGUAUUUUAAAGUAUAACAAAGCUAGCUUGUGACUUGAUGCUUAUAAUU